AUGUUUGCUCGUGUGUUACGUUCCUCUAUUGCAAUGAGGAGUGGACCAAGACCAUCCUAUUUGGCCCAGAGGUGGAUUAACGUAAAGACGCUGACGACUCCUAAUGAGAACGCUUUGAAGUUCAUCUCCACUGAUGGCGAGCUGCUACAAGAUCGUGGUGCCGAUAGUAUAGAGAUCAAGAAUACCGACGAAGCUCUAGUGGAGCACUCCAAGCUGGCACAGCAAGUAUUCCUGCAAUGUCCCGGAGUUGAGUCGCUGAUGAUUGGGGACGAUUUCCUGACAGUUAAUAAGGAUAGUCUGGUUCACUGGAAUCAGAUUUCACCCAAGGUCGUCGAAUUGCUGACGCAAGCGUUGGCGUCAGGCGAAAGCGCAGUCUCCGAGCAGUUCCACACGGUGAGGAAAAGCGUUCAAGUGGGUUACGACGUUUCGGUUCCCAAGUUUGAGCUGACAGAGGAGGAGCAAGAGAUAAGCGACAUGGUCGACGAGCUGAUCCAGACUAGGAUCAGGCCUGCGAUCCAAGACGACGGGGGCGACAUCGUGUACCGCGGGUUCGAUCCCAAGACGGGGACAGUCUACCUUAAGUUGCAGGGAGCCUGCAAAUCCUGUUCUUCCAGCGAGGACACUCUGAAACAUGGUAUUGAGUCUAUGUUGAAGCACUAUGUGGAGGAGGUCGAGCAUGUGGAGCAAGUGCUCGAUCCGGAAGAGGAAGUCGCACUCAAGGAAUUCGACAAGUUCGAACAGAAGCUUCAAUCGAAGUCUCUUCCCGAAUCCAUGCAAUUGUGA